AUGGACACGAAUUUUCAGUUCUCGAACCUGAUCGGCACGGUCUACCGAAACGGGCGCGUGCUCUUCUCCCCGGACGGCUACUCGGUGAUCAGCCCCGUCGGCAACAAGAUCUCGAUUUUUGACUUGAAAAACAACUGCUCGCGCACAAUCUCCUUCAAAUGCCAGCACUCCAUCCAGCACAUCACGCUCAACGCCGAGGGCACGCAUCUCGUCGUCAUUGAUGAGGGCGGCGAGAUCCUGUACGUGAACCUGGAGACGUCCGCCGUCAUCCACCAGUUCAAGGCGACAAGGCUGGCGAAAAUCGCCGAAUUCUCGCCAUGCGGACGCUACCUGGCCAUCACCCCCGAGAAUACGCUGCAGAUUCAGCAGAUGGGCAGCAUGGUGAACAACAUGUUCCGCCCGUUUCACCUCAUCCGCCUGCUUCACCUCUCGCCGGAGACGCUCACCUCAGUGAGCUGGAGCUGCGACUCGAGGCUGCUCUGCAUCGGUGGUGAGGACAAGAUGAUCCGAAUCGCGCCGCGCGUCGACGCGAAGAACUUUACCAACUUCAACAUUGCCGCCCACAAGGGCCGCAUCGUGUGCGCCGAUUUUCAGAAGAAUUCGUAUGACUUGGUCAGCGUCGAUCAGCGCGGCCUGGUGAACGCGUGGCGGUGCAGCCUGGCGGGCAGCGACCUGCUCGACGGCAAAUUCGACAAGGAGGACGAGGUGCGCCCGCUCGAGCUCGCCUACGAGAAGACGAACAAAGCGCAGCUGCACGACCUGGCCGGCCUCGACCGCAUGGAAGACGUCACGGCGGCGGCGUUUCACCGCGACAGCGGGCUGCUCGUUGCCGGAUUCGCGAAUGGAGUCUUCGUUCUGCUCGAGGCCCCGUCGUUGUCGCUGAUCCAUAACUUACGCGUCUCCGACAUUCGCAUCUCCUCGCUGGCCAUCUCGAAGGCGGGCGACUGGCUGGCCAUCGGCUGCGGCAGGGGCACCUCGGCCCAAUUGGUCGUCUGGGAGUGGCAGAGCGAGACGUACGUGCUGAAGCAGCAGUCCCACUCGGAGCGCAUCCUGUCCGCCGAGUUCAGCCCCGACGGCGGCCAAAUCGCGACCGGAGGCGAGGAUGGAAAGCUAAAAGUCUGGUCGGCGCGUACGAGCUUCUGCGUCGUCACCUUCACCGAGCACACUUCCGGCAUCUCCUCGGUGGCCUGGACCCAAAACGGAAAAGCCGUGCUCUCAGCGUCUCUGGACGGCACCGUCAGGGCCCACGACUUGAAGAGGUACCGCAACUUCCGGACCCUCGUCUGCCCCGAGCCCACGCAACUCGGCGCGCUCGCCGUCGACGCCGCUGGUGAUAUCGUGAUCGCGGCCGCCAAGGAGCUGUUCAGUGUAUUCGUGUGGAGUCUGGAGACGGGUCGUCUCCUCGACGUCCUCGCCGGCCACAGCUCCAUCGUGCCCUCCAUCUCCCUCCACGGCAACCAGCUCGUCACCGGCUCCCUCGACAAGACGUUCAAACUGUGGAACGUGACGGAGUCGCAGACGGUCGACCACACGGAUCUCGUGUGCGAGUGCGUGGCCAUCCGCUUCUCCCCAUGCGGCAACCUGAUCGCCGUGCUGACGAUGGACUCGACCAUUGGCUUCUACUCGACGGACAUGGACCACGUCGGGUCGAUCGACGGUCGCCUGGAUUUUGAGGCCGGUCGCUCCAAGUUCGACGCGAUCAAGAAGAGCACUUCGGAGAGGAAUAAAUCGCUGACCUCAAUCUGCUUCUCCCCGGACGGUUCGCUGCUGAUCGCCGGCGGCGAGUCGAAUUUCGUCUGCUUGUACUCUGUAGCCGAGAGACUGUUGCUCCGCAAGUUCACGCUCACCCUGAAUCGAAGCCUUGAUGGAGUUGUGCCCGACAUCAACCGGCGCAAUUUCUCGGAAUUCGGCAACAUGCAGCUGUGCGACGACAGCGAUUCGGAUGAUGAUCAGGCGGCCAAGAAACAACUCAAGCUGCCCGGCACGGUCCACUCGGAUAAGGGCGAACGCUCGGCCAAGCCGCAGAUUGCCGUCCACAACCUGUCGUUCUGCCCGACUGGCCGUCGCUUCUCGGUGUGCUCGACGGAGGGGGUGGCGGUGUACUCGCUGGACAUGCUCACCCUGUUCGACCCGUUCCAGCUCGACUCGAGCACCAGCCCGGCCACCGUUCAAAAGCACCUCUCCCUCAACGAGUACUCGACGGCCCUGAUGGCGGCGCUGAAGCUGAACGAGAACACGCUGGUGACGCAGUGCCUCGAGGCGACGCCCGUCGGCCAGAUCGAGCUGGUCUGCCAGACGAUUCCGCUGCUGUACGCCGAACGGUUGCUGAAAUGGAUCGCCGACGGCGAGGUGGCCUACAGCUCGCCGCAUGUCCACUUUUACAUGAAAUGGAUCCAGGCCGUCCUAAAGGUGCACGGCGGCCAGCUGAAGGGCCGGGGCGACGCGGCGCUGCUCACCGGCCUCCAGCAGUUCAUCCAGCACCACACGCAACUCAUCAGGAGCAUGGCCGAGCAGAACAAGUACGGGCUACAGUACCUCGUCGCGAUGCGUCAGCUCAACCAGUCGACCAAGUCGUCU